UAGAUUAACCGUUUUCAGCACUUAGCGGCGCUAAGAUCGCGAUUUUCUUCGUGGAAUUUUUGCGUGUGAAUUUCGUGGCGAGAAAAAACUGCAUUUUUGGCGUGAAGUAGCGCAAAAAAUCGGCAAAUUAAAGUGUUAAAUGCAAGUGGAGAUUGUGAGUGAAGUUUAGAAUCAUGUCGCGUUAUCUGCAAAAGCCAGAAAAUGCCCUAAAACGGGCAAAUGAAUUCAUCGAUGUGGGCAAGCCGGCUCGUGCCCUGGACACGCUGCAGGAGGUGUUUCGCAACAAGAAGUUCACCUACACGAGCUCCGAGUCGAUCAUUGAGCCAAUUAUGUUUAAAUAUCUGGAUCUGUGUGUGGAGCUGAAGAAGUCCCAUAUUGCCAAGGAGGGGCUCUUCCAGUACCGCAACAUGUUCCAGCUGGUGAAUGUGGGCUCACUGGAGAAUGUCAUCCGGGGGUACUUGAAGAUGGCCGAGGAGCGCACGGAAGCAGCACAGCAGCAAUCAUCCCAAGCUGUCCUGGAUGUGGAUGAUUUGGACAAUUUCGCCACACCCGAGAGUAUUCUCAUGAGUGCUGUGUGCAGUGAAGAUGCCCAAGAUCGCAGUGAUCGCACAAUCCUCCUGCCAUGGGUGAAAUUCCUCUGGGAAUCCUACUGCCAAUGCCUGGAGCUACUACGUGUCAAUACGCACUGUGAGACACUCUAUCACGACAUUGCCCGGAUGGCAUUUCAGUUUUGCCUCAAGUAUAGCCGUAAAAUGGAAUUCCGGAAGUUGUGUGAGAAACUCCGGAAGCACCUGGAGGACAUUUGUAAGCCGUCGACGCAGAACAUUGGGGUGAGCAUCACGAAACCCGAAACGCAGCAAUUGAAUCUCGACACGAGGCUCCAUCAGCUUGACAAUGCCAUCCACAUGGAGCUGUGGCAGGAAGCCUACAAGGCCAUUGAGGACAUUCAUGGGCUCAUGAAUAUGAGUAAGAAGACCCCGCUGGCUAAGACAAUGGCGAAUUACUAUCAGAAACUCGCCAUGGUGUUCUGGAAGGCCGGGAAUCAGCUCUUCCACGCAGCAGCUCUGCUCAAACUCUUCCAACUGACGCGGGAGAUGAAGAAGAAUAUCACAGCGGAGGAAUUGCAGCGUAUGGCAUCGCAUGUUUUGGUGGCAAUCCUGGCCAUUCCCCUGCCAUCGGCUCAUCCGGAAUUUGAUCGUUUCAUCGAGACAGACAAGAGUCCCAUGGAGAAGGCUCAGCGUCUGGCUGUCCUGCUCACCCUGCAGCAGCCACCCACGCGUGUAUCCCUCCUCAAGGAGAUGGUACGCCUGAAUGUCCUCUCAUUGGCUGCCCCAUCCCUUCAGGAGCUCUACACGUAUCUGGAGAUUGAAUUUGAUCCCCUCUCGCUGUGCAAUCGUGUCCAGAAUGUCAUUGAUCAGAUCGGGGAGGAUGAGAAUAGUCUCCUCAAUCAGUACGCCCAGGCACUCAAGGAUGUCACCAUUGUACGCCUCAUCCGGCAGAUUUCCCAAGUUUAUCAAUCCAUUGAGUUUACGCGCUUCCUGGAGCUGGCAAAAUUCGCUGAUCCCUUCUACCUGGAGCGCAUCCUCGUGGAUUGCGUGCGUCACAAUGACAUGCAAAUCCGCAUUGAUCACAAGAGGAAAUGCGUUCACUUCGGGACGGAUUUGAGUGAGAGUCAACGGGAGGAUCGUCAGGAUGGGCCAACGCUCCAAUCAAUGCCAAGUGAGCAGGUUCGUUCGCAGCUCGUGAACAUGUCCAUUGUCCUCCAUCGCGCCAUUGCCACCAUCAACCCCAAUAAGCGCAAACAGGAGCUGGAGAAGAUUCGUGGGCAAAUGGUGGAGAGUUACCACAAGAACAAGGUGGCUGAGCACCACAACAUCCUCAAGAGGCAGAAGAUUAUUGAGGAUCGCAAGGAGAUCAUUGAACGUCAAACAAUUGAGCGCGAGGAGGAGGAACUCCGGCGGCAGGAAGAGCUAAAUCGUCAGCAGAAGAUUGCUGAAAUCAAGCGCAUGGAGGCAGAGCAGGAGGAGCGUGAGAGGAAACGUCAUGCAAGUGAGAUUCAGCAAAUUAAGGAGCGGAACCUCAAGGAGAAGAUGCAGCAACUCUCCCAGACGGCCACGGGGCAGAAGGUGAUGAAGAAACUCGAUGAGGAGGAGAUUAAGAAGAUGGACCCCGAGCAGAUUGCCGCCAAGGAGGCGGAGGAACUCAUAAAGGAGCGCAAGGAGAUUCAGUCGAAGCUCAAGAGUCAGGAGAAGAAGAUUGAUUACUUUGAGCGCGCCAAGCGCCUCGAGGAGAUUCCGCGCAUUAAGAAGUAUCUGGCGGAGAAGCAGGUGCAGGAUAAGGAAUUCUGGGAGAAGCAGGAAGCCACACGUAUUGAGCAGGCAAUUGCCGAAAGGAAGAUGGCUGUGGCACAGCAGGAGCGUCUCAAGAGGAUGAUUGAGGACAAGGAGAAGUUCAUGGAGACCCUUCGUGUGGAGAGGAAUUCGCAAUUUGAUGUGAAGGUGAAGGAAUUCAAUGAGAGGAUGGCUGAGGAGCGCAAGGCUCGUUUGGCACAGAGAAUCAUUGAUAGACGCGAGGAGCGUCGUCAGAAUUGGCUGCGUGAGAAGGAGGAGGAGAAGCGUCGCCGUGAGGAAGAGAUUAGGAAGCAGAAGGAGGAAGAGGAGCGCAUUGAGCGUGAACGGAAGGCAAAGGAAGCAGCUGCUGAGGAGGAGAAGCGUCGCCUGCAGUGGGAGAAGCAGCGUGCCAAGGAGUUGGAGGCAGAGAAGAAGAUUGAGGCGGAAAAGAAUGCAAUUGCCAAGAGCGUGCAGUCUGAGACGGUGUCAUGGCGCAAUGCUGGUGAACGUGGUGAGCGUCCGGAACGUGGGGAACGUCCAGAGCGUGGGGAACGUGGUGAGCGUCCAGAGCGUGGGGAACGUCCGGAGAGAAUUGAACGUGGUGAGCGUCCGGAGAGGAUUGAGCGCGGUGAACGUCCGGAGAGGAUUGAGCGCGGUGAACGUCCGGAGAGGAUUGAGCGUGGUGAACGUCCGGAACGGGCAGAAAGACCGGCUGAGAGUGACUGGCGCAGUCCCAGGGAUCGUUUCGAUGGGCAGCCACAGGGUGCAAGGGAGCAGUGGCGUCAGAAACCAGCUGGGAAGGAUUCAUCCGGUGGCGAGGAGCGCUGGCGCCGUGGUGGCGAUGGAGAAGGUGGGGAUCGUAGGCGGGAAGAUAGACCCUUUACGCGUCGCGAUGGGGAUCGUCGUGAUCGCGAUGACAAGUACCAGCCACGCAGGGAGAUUCCACGCGAUGACCGUCGGGAUGAUCGUCGUGGGGAUGACCGUCGUGACGAUCGCCGAAGAGAUGAUCGCAGGGAUGACAGGCAAUGGCGCAGGGAUGAUCGUGGAGAUCGCGGGGAGAUUCGUCGCGGUGAACAGGGUGGCCCCCGUGGAGGACCCCCAUCGAAGGAAGGCGGCGGGAACUUCUGGCGCAGCGAAAGACCCCGUCAGGAGCGUGGGGAUGACGACAGGCGCGAUCGCCCGCCGCCACAGAGGCGUGAACGCGAAGAACGCGGCCCCCGCGAUGAGAAUGAGUGGUCAGAGGUGAAAAGGCGCUAAACGACCUCUACCCAUAGAUUAAUCCAACAAUAUUAUUAUCAUUUUUUUCAUUGUAAUGCGAUUUUCAGCAACUUUUUCUGAUGAUUGAAUAAAUAAAAUUAAAAAAUUGGCUUCCGGA